AUGUAUAAGAAAGAGGUGUUCCGAAAACGGUCAAGUGACUAUUAGUAACAUGCCUUGGAAUAGCUGUGAUCUUUUGGAUUAUGUUUGGGGAUAAAACAAUACCAAUGUUUUUCGUGUUUCCUAUCACAACUGAGUAGUCCGUGAUUCAGACAGUGUCUGAUUUACAGAGUAAGAAAUAAGUGGAUAGUUCAGUGAUGUUGGAUUAAACUGAAGAUAAACGACCAUGACCAUGUCUGCUUACUGGGAAACUCUACCGGAAGUUGUACUUGGCAAGGUGUUCAGAGACUUGGAUGUUGUUGGUAAAAUCGCAGUACGGUCCACGUGCUUGAACUGGCAACGUGCGUCUUCUCGACCGGAAGUCUGGAAAUGUUUUUCAUAUUCUGAGAAGAAUGUAUGGGAAUCGUUGUUUCCGUUAGGUAUGCCUGCAUCUAUAGAGGAUUUUGAAAGUUAUCGGAAGUUUCAUGAAGAGUUGUUGUUCUGUGUCCGCAUAUUUGGAGAAUUCUUCAAAAACGUUGAACUGGAACUAAAGGGUACCCAAUCAUGGGAAGUGUUUGAGUGUCUGUCAAAAGUGAGCCACAGAGUUGAUUCUUUUACGCUUCUGAAACGGAUUGAAGGGGAGACAUUUUCAGUUCCCCUGAAAACAGCCAUUUUUGAAUUCUGUAAAAGAAAUGUGAAAAUUACAAACGUGCAUAUAGAUGAUCUGAACUUUCAGGGACAGAAGAACGAAGCCCUUCCUCUUGGUUUGAUACAUUCCACCUGUUUACAAAAGCUGCGGGUCGUCAACUCAUUCAAAGGUUGUUCAUUGAGCAAUUUAAUGUAUUUAGUGAAUUUGAAGGAACUUACAAUUAAUCCUAACCAGAUGAAUUUCAGUUUGUUAAAACAUUUAGCUGGGUGCUCGCUACGACACCUACACAUUGUGGCCAACUACAAAACUAAAGACUUCUACAACGAGGCGUUGAGCGACUUCCACUGGAAGGAGAUACGGAAAUGCGGGCCAAACCUCCGCGUCGACUGCCGACUGGCUGUCUUACACGAGUGGACGGAGAAGGAGGUGCUGUUGAAGGCGAACAUGCCAUUAGCAUCACUUGUGUACCGGAAGAACCGUUGGGUGAAGUGCUGGUCGGAGCUUAGUCGUAUACUCGGUAACUAUAGGGAGACAUUGGAGGAACUGGUGGAUUUCAGUUUAAGCGAACGCGUGUACAGGCCCUCGGAACACAUGGAAUAUUCUGACAGGAUUGAUGAACAUAUCUUAGACAUCGUCAGAUGCUGUCCAAAGCUUUCCACAUUCACGGUCAAAGAAACACUCUCAAGUGCAACCAUUCUUCUCAUUGCUUUUCAGAAAAGAAAUUUUCCAAAUUUAUUCAUUCGAGAGGAUAUGGUAACAUACCUAAAUGAUCUACCUGACGAUAUAACGGAAGAUAUGGACGCCAAGAAUUUCGUCGACAACAACUGGCAGAGAGGGAUGUUCUGUCGAGCAAUGUCUUGCCUACUUGGCCGGGAGUGGCGCCCGCUUGACAAAGAAGAGUAUUACCAAUUGGUCCAGGAAAAAUACAGCGAAUUGUUUUGAUUCCCAAGUUUUCAUACUAUUUAAGAAAUUGUUGUAUAUUUUCUCACAAUGUUCCCAACAAUGGUUAACCAACCUCACGUCAUUGUUAUUCAAACAAAAAUGCAGCAUUGCAUUCAUUGUCCUUCAUUUUAUCUCGGCAUAGUUGACAAUCCUUAUGAGGUGAUCAGAUUUAUUACCAUGCUUUUGUGAUCCUUAUAAGUAUAUUCAUUUUAAAAUUCGAUGAGAAAUUCGAAAUGAGGAUCUCCAUCAUGCAUUGAUUCCAUUGGCUCGUUGACUGAAACUUGAUGUUUGUUGAUCGCGUAUGCCACACCGUGGCAUCCGUCGUCCGUCAACAAUUGACUUCUUCAUUACCGCUGAUUGAAAUUUGACCAAAAUUGAUCAGAAGCAUCCUUAUGGGGUGUGGACUCAAAAUUGUACAACUGAUGA